AUGCUCGAUAAUCUGUUCUCGGCAUGGCUUUGGUUCGGAUCCAGUCGUCCAGGAUUUUGCGGUGGGACGAUACUUUUGGUAAUCUUAAUUCUAUCUGUCUGGUUGUGUGGCAUUCAAGCAAGUCUCAGUUUAGGACCUGGAGGCGAAUUUCCAAGGUUUUAUGAUUUGAUUUUCUACGGCAUAAGCCACGAAGACCUGACCUCACUUCUCUUUAACACCGGUCUCUUGCUGUUGUUUGGACCGUGCCAAGAAAGGCGUUGGGGCACUUUCGCUUUCCUCUCUUUGUCAAUCCUCUCCACGACACUCCUUCCCCCUAUUUAUGCCUUGUUCCUCUUCGUCACCGGAGACGAAGCUAGCCGUGUCAGCGGCUACUCGGCUACCCACCUGGCACUAUUUACUGCCCAGUGCCGACUGGUCAAACAGAAGCGUGUCCUCCGCUACAUACCCGUCUGGUUCCUACCCUGGUUCUUCUUGCUGCUCGAGCUCUUUGUGCUUCCUGGUGCUCCAGGGCUGUUGCAUUUCUAUGCCAUCUGCCUUGGACUUAACUAUAACUCUGAUGUUAUUGAGAUUCUGCAUCGGAUUGAGAAUUUGGGGCUUUGUCACUGUUUGCCAUCGUGGUCUUACAUAUCUGUUAGUGCCAGACCACAGUUACCAACCUACAUCAGCGCAGCUCAGAGAUCUGAGACGUUGGCUGAGUCUUCUCGUAUAGGAAAGACUGACCCUCCCAGCAGACCAUAUUUUGAAGACCCCUCACCCCUCCUGCAACCAUGGCAAACUCAGAUGCCUCAGUGGCACCAGGCUGAGCCAAUGAUGGGAUCAGAUACUCAGCUACUGGAGGAGCAGAUGUUAAGGGCAGGAAUAUUGGCCUCAUUGCAGGACGCACCUGAGGGCCCAGCAGACAAAGUAGAAGUGCCCAAGUCCUCAGUCUCUUCUCUAAGGCUACAGCAGCUGGAGAAGAUGGGUUUCUCCACAGAGAAAGCAGUGGUAGCACUGGCAGCCACCAGUCAGCUAGAUGGCGCUAUUUCUCUGUUGAUUGAUGACCAGGUUGGAGAAGAAGCGGUGGUGACCUCCAAAGGGAGAAAAUCCUUGAACUCAUAG